UCCUGACUCGAUACAAUGCACCGGUUUCGACUCCUCCUCUUCAACUGCAUUCAACCCGAAGACGACACUGAUAAGCACACUUCAGUCGAGCUCCAGAAGACCGCUUAUAACCGGUCAAAGCAGGCCAGAAGCAUGUCUGCUGUAGUGCUGCAAGUUGGACAGUGUGGAAAUCAGCUGGGCCUGGACUGGUGGAGGCUCAUCACUAAAAAGUCAAAUCAGCACAAGAAAAGAUGUCCAUUCAGCUCCAGAAAUGGUGAACUAGCAGCAGUGUGUGUUGACACAGAGCCAAAAGUCCUCAGGAAAAUCGGCGAGUUUGUCCAAAAUAAGGAAAUCCGUCCAUCCAGUGUUAUUGAGGGGAAAGGAGGACGUGGAGGAAAUUGGGCGUACGGUUACCAUGGAGGUCGAGGUGACGGUGAGAAUGGCUUACUCAAGCAUACAAUGGAGGCAGUGCGUCAAGAGGCGGAGAGACAAGAUUACUAUGGUGGAACUGUUCUCUUGCACAGUCUGAGUGGAGGCACAGGGUCUGGUCUUGGUUCACGGCUAUGUGAGGAAAUUCGCGAGGAGUUUCCUGUGGGUCAUAUCCUGACUGUGUCCGUGGUCCCUCAUCAAAGCGGAGAGAGCCCGCUCCAGCACUACAACACUUUACUGAGUCUAGCAGCACUACACAGGUCGGCCGAUGGCAUACUUCUGUUCCAUAAUGAUCAUGUAAUAAGUCGCGCUGGAUUUCAGCGGAAAUCACAUGCCGGGUUUGGAGCUAUCUCCUGUGGCUUUCCACAAAGCAAACUCUUAGCAAUGAAUGCACACAUAACUUCUUGUAUGGCUGGACUCUUUCUGCCAGUGAAGACUCUUACUACACGCAGUAGCCAGAGUUUGGGAAUAGAGCCAUGGGAGCUGGUGAGGUCUGUAUGCCCCAUUCCUACAGCCAAACUACUCUACACCGCUCAGGCUUCUGCUCGUGAGAUGUCACACUGGGACUCUUUAGCCAGUGAAACACUUCAGAAUCUACCUCAGCUUUCACCUGAUGGAAAACCUUAUUCAAGUCGUGCUGUGCUGGCUGUUGCACGUGGCAACCAGGACAACUCGUUUAUCGUUUCAAAUGUCCUGCAGAAGUUGCGACAAGCACAUAGGUGUGUCCACUGGAAUCCUUUUCCUGUUGACUACUGGACCGAUCCCCUAAAUGAAGCUAAUGUCUCCUUGUCCGCUCGCAUGCUCACUGUAUGUUCCAACCACAGCAGUGUCACAAGGUUAUUAGGCCAUGUAGCUCAACGUGCCACAGAGAUGUUAAGUGCACGAGCCUAUCUACACUGGUACAAAUGCUAUGGAAUAGAGAUAGAAGAAUUUCAGCAGGCAUUAAAUACGCUUUCUGGUGUCAUUGAGGAGUAUGUGUCUCAGUGAUGCUUAGACCAUUCACCGAAUAAUGAAUCCAUUAAUGUGAAAUGCAUGGAUGGUGUUUAAUGUCUAGUUAUGUACUUGGGUUUUAUAUUGUCUUUACCAGCAAGCAUUUUUAAAGUUUAAGGGCUUAAAAAAAUAUUUCCAACUGCAUUUGCUGGUGAAGGAAAAAAAAUAUAUAAAUUUUGAUAUACUGUUGAAACCAUUCACAACACAAUAUUGAAACUGAAUCAAUAAAGAAAUUAUAAAG